GGUUAGAGCAGCGGUGUUGUGCUAAGCAGCCUCUGACGCUGUCUCUCUAAAUAUUAAAUAACCUCUCUAAAUAGAAAAAAUGUCAGGAACAGUCGACUUUAUAUAACUGAUCAAAUUAAAAUAAACGUUUUCCACCUGCAGGACGGGCUGUAACAUGGAGGUCGGCGAAGCUGUUUUGGUGUGAAUAAAACCCCAGUCAGCACCAAUAUCAACACAUCUGAGAGGUGUGCGUUGGUAAUUGCAUUCAAGUGUCAGCAGUGCCACGCCCACAGAAGAGAUGAACGGAACUGGAAACUUGAUGGAUUUCCUGGACGAGCCUUUUCCUGACGUGGGCACGUAUGAGGACUUCCACACCAUCGACUGGCUCAGGGAGAAAUCCAGAGACACAGACCGACACCGCAAGAUCACCAGUAAGAGUAAAGAGUCCAUCUGGGAGCUGAUCAAGAGUCUGCUGGACGCCUGGUCAGGAUGGGUGGUGAUGCUGCUCAUUGGACUGCUCUCAGGUACGCUGGCCGGAGUGAUCGACCUGGCGGUGGACUGGAUGACCGACCUGAAGGAAGGCGUCUGUCUCUCGGCCUUCUGGUACAGCCACGAGCAGUGCUGCUGGACGUCCAACGAGACGACGUUCGAAGACCGAGACAAGUGUCCGCAGUGGCAGAAGUGGGCCGAGCUGAUGACGGGCCACGCUGAGGGAGCGGGAGCCUACGUGUUGAACUACUUCCUGUACGUUCUGUGGGCGCUUCUGUUUUCCUUCCUGGCGGUGUCGCUGGUGCGAGUCUUCGCUCCGUACGCCUGUGGCUCAGGAAUCCCAGAGAUCAAGACGAUCCUCAGCGGCUUCAUCAUCCGGGGCUACCUGGGGAAGUGGACGCUGCUGAUCAAGACGGUCACCCUGGUGCUGGCGGUGUCGUCCGGUCUCAGCCUGGGGAAGGAGGGUCCUCUGGUCCACGUGGCCUGCUGCUGCGGAAACCUCUUCUGCAGUCUCUUCUCCAAGUACAGCAAGAACGAGGGCAAGCGGCGAGAGGUGUUGUCAGCUGCUGCAGCAGCCGGAGUGUCGGUGGCGUUUGGGGCGCCGAUCGGAGGAGUUCUGUUCAGCCUGGAGGAGGUCAGUUAUUAUUUCCCUCUGAAGACUCUGUGGCGCUCGUUCUUCGCCGCUCUGGUUGCCGCCUUCACGCUGCGCUCCAUCAACCCGUUUGGCAACAGCCGGCUGGUGCUGUUCUACGUCGAGUACCAUACGCCGUGGUACAUGGCCGAGCUGGUCCCCUUCAUCCUGCUUGGCGUGUUCGGCGGCCUCUGGGGGACCCUCUUUAUCCGGGCCAACAUCGCCUGGUGCCGGCGGAGGAAGACCACCCAGCUGGGGAAGUACCCGGUCCUGGAGGUCAUCGCCGUGACGGGGAUCACCGCCGUGCUGGCGUUCCCCAACCCGUACACCCGCCGCAGCACCAGCGAGCUCAUCUCUGAGCUCUUCAACGACUGCGGCGCGCUGGAGUCGUCGCAGCUCUGUGAUUAUGUUAAUAACCCCAACAUGAGUCGGCCAGUGGACGACAUCCCGGACCGCCCGGCGGGGCCCGGGGUCUACAACGCCCUGUGGCAGCUCGCCCUCGCUCUCAUCUUCAAGAUCGUCAUCACCAUCUUCACUUUCGGCAUGAAGAUCCCGUCAGGUCUCUUCAUUCCCAGCAUGGCGGUCGGAGCCAUCGCCGGGCGGAUCGUCGGGAUCGCCGUGGAGCAGAUGGCGUAUCACCACCACGACUGGAUCAUCUUCAAGAACUGGUGCCGGCCCGGCGCAGACUGCGUUACGCCCGGACUCUACGCCAUGGUGGGAGCUGCCGCCUGUCUGGGCGGGGUGACCAGGAUGACCGUCUCCCUGGUGGUCAUCAUGUUCGAGCUCACGGGCGGGUUGGAGUACAUCGUCCCCCUCAUGGCCGCCGCCGUCACCAGCAAGUGGGUGGCCGACGCCUUCGGGAAGGAGGGAAUAUACGAGUCGCACAUCCAGCUCAACGGCUACCCCUACCUGGACAUCAGGGACGAGUUCACCCACCGCACCCUGGCCACCGACGUGAUGCGCCCCCGCAGGAACGACCCCCCCCUGGCCGUCCUCACCCAGGACAGCACCACGGUGGAGGACGUGGAGACGCUGAUCAAAGACACAGAUUAUAACGGCUUCCCCGUGGUCGUGUCCAGAGAGUCGGAGAGGCUCAUCGGCUUCGUUCAGCGCCGGGAUCUCACCCUCGCCAUCAAAAACGCCCGUCAGAAGCAGGACGGCGUGGUGAGCAGCUCGGUCGUCUACUUCACCGAGGACGCGCCGCAGCUGCCGGCCAGCAACCCGCAGCAACUGAAGCUGCGACGCAUCCUGAACCUCAGCCCCUUCACCGUCACCGACCACACGCCCAUGGAGACGGUGGUGGACAUUUUCCGCAAGCUGGGCCUCCGCCAGUGUCUGGUCACCAGGAGCGGGCGUCUCCUGGGCAUCAUCACCAAGAAGGACGUCCUGCGCCACAUGGCUCAGAUGAUGAACCAGGAUCCAGAGUCCAUCAUGUUCAAUUAGCAGCAGAGACGAGUCCGCUGCGCCCAGCGCUGUAAAUAGGUGAAACUGGUGCGACGCUACUGUUCUGCAACCUGAGAGUCCCUCCCCCCUCCCGACAGGCAAGUCCCACAAACCACCGCUCCACGUGUUUUCAGUUCAAAUGUAGCACCGCGCUUUUAUUUUGAAAAUGUAAAAGUUUUCGCAGACUGAAAAGAAAAGAAAAGAAAAACCUCACCGAGUGAAAAGACGACGUUGCCAUCAGAGAGUGGAGCCUGUGUUCAGGAGUCGCAGCUGAUUUCAGCUUUAGCUUCUUCAGUUUCAGCUGCAAAUAAAACGAUUAUCAUCCGUCUCUCACUCGAUCGUCUCGCGCUGAUGAUUCAAAUCAAAGGUUUAAACAGGCUGAAGGGAAAAAGACUGAAGACGGGAGCGACAGAGAACAAUCACAGGGUUGUUGCACUUUGUUAAUUAUCAUCUCUCUCUCUUUACACUGAUAUACAUGAUGCCAAUGAUGCUCUGGAGAAACUAUGACCUGAAGCUCUUCUAGUUGAGUGACGACUCAGUUCUCCUGACUCACUUCCUCUCAGCCCUGUUUCAGCCCUUGUAAGUUUGUGCCUGUAAACUCUGUGACGAAAGCUUGAAUAUUCAGUUUUCUGCCUCUAAACUCUGGAUCUGAAAGUUUGUGGCUUCAGUUUUACUCCUUACGAUACUGUGAAGCCGUUAGUGCUCUGUCCUGUCAAGACAAGCAUUAAACUGAAGCCACAAACGUUCACAGGCAGAACACGGAGGGAGUUUACAGCUACAAACAAAGACGCAGCGGCUCGUUGACAGUUCACUGGACGAUGAUGGAUGUUGAUAUCAGCGUCAGAAAAAUCACUUUUCAUCAGUUUAUUAAACAUCACACUAAAUCUCUGGAGAUGAGACGUGCAGGACGUUGUAGGAAUCCUCAAAUCUGGGUCGUUUGUACGGUUUAAUGAUAAAAUGGUACUGUAAACAAUAAUUAUGAUAAUAUUAAUGGGACCAGUUGUGAGAUUUAACAAACCACUGAAUUCUCAUAUAACUGUAUAAACUCUCUGUACCUGAGUUUGGGACUGUUGCACUUUGUGUUAUGUGUUGCUGCCAUAUUUAUAUUAAUGCUGCCUGUAUCGAUGUUCAUCUCAACGCAUCAGUACAACAUGUUCCUGCUGCUGUGACCUGACGCCACAAACACUAAACGAUGCUUUCACUGUCGGAUCAGAAACGGUUCUUGUCAGUUCUGUUAGUUUUAGUAUCUUUGUUAAUUUAAUGAUGUGAAAAGGUUUAAAAAGCCUUAAAAUGGGACUCGGUUUAUUCUGAUUCUGCACAAACACUGAGGUCAAUGAUUCUCAUCCUGAAACCCGACGGCCUCCACACACUGAAGAUUUGACCAUCAGAUGUAUUGGCUCAUUACAGACAUACAGACUUUAGAUCACCUUGAAUAAGAUUAAACAUGUAACUUCCACACUGUCACAUUUACAGACUUUAAAUCUGGAGACAAGAAGCAGCAAAUAAAAUCUGUACGUGACUCUUUGACGCUGCUGUUGUCUCAGUCUGCGAAUGUCUAAAUUAAAAUCUGUGGAGGUUUGAUUCACAGCUAAAUGUUUCACAGUUCCACAAAAUCCCUCGUGUGUCGGGGCCUUUUUAAACACGGGUUUCAGACCCACUAAUGAAGUUGUUUAUUAGCAGUUUAUUAUAAGCUGCUGGCACAUAAAGAAGUCGCUGUAGCUCUGCUGCUUGUGACUCGGCAUUAUGGAGCAGGUGGAUUUUUAAAGUGAAGGAAAAUUACUAAGAAGGUUUAAAGUGUCUAAUGUUUCCGUACAUUCACAAACGACAAAAAGAAAAAAGAGAAAAAACGAACGUCAGUUUUCGAGUCGUGCUCCUUCAGUGUUUUAUCCGCUCGGUCACUUCCUGUGUCGUAAUAUUCGUUGUGUGAAAAAUAACCUCGGCCGGUCGGAGCUCCAGCUGCUAAACUCUUCAUCAAAACUGGAAACGUGGAGGGAAUUAUAGAAACAGCAAAUGAUCAAUGUUUUGUUUUUUAAAUGCCAAGAGAAUGUACUGGAAAAACUAACUGUGUAUAUAUUGAAGAUUUAUUGUGAGCAUUUUAAUUUAAUUAGAUUUUGUCUGAAACACACUAAUGUUGAGCUCUGCUUCUUUUUUUUAUGUUGAACUCUAAAAUAUUGAUCAGACUCAUUGCUGGUACAGGAAACACACAUUUGCACUUUUGUUUUUGUAAAUGAAGUGACUGGAAAAUAAACCUUUCACUUGAUCUGCAGAUGGUGAAUAAAGACGCCUCAGUUUCUUUUUUUC